CUGGGUAUUUAUAAGAUUCCCUGCUCCCAGAGUGUCUCUUUGCUGAUUGCUGGCUGCUGCUUUAGCUGAACACCUACUCUGCACCAAAAUAUUUUGCCUCAAUCUGCUGGUUAGGAACUAUGGGCUGUCGCAAAAUAACCUUAUUGAGCAUCGGAAUUGCUGUCAGCGUGCUCUUGGUGAUAAUUGGAGGUAUUCUGAUACCUUUUGGAAAUGAGACUGUUCAUAAGACCAUAAAUAAGGAAGCUGUUAUUGAAGAAGGCACUCUUGCUUAUGAGAACUGGAUACAAACUGGGAGUCCAGUCUACAGGCAGUUCUGGCUGUUCCAUGUGAAAAAUCCAUCAGAAGUUAUGAAUUCUGGUGCUAAACCUAUGGUUGAGCAAAGAGGACCCUACACAUACCGGGUGCGGUACCUCCCGAAAAGCAAUGUUAUAAUGAAUGAUAAUUACACAGCUUCCUACCUCCAGCCCUAUUCAGCCACCUUUGAGCCCAGCAUGUCAGUGGGACCACAAACAGACAGACUGACAGCCCUCAACCUUGCUGCUGCGGUUGCACCAUCCCUUCUUCCCCCAUCCAUACACAAUAUCAUCAAUAUGGUCUUGAAAAAGGCAAAUGCCUCCCUGUUUCAGAACAGAACAGUGGAGGAGUUACUUUGGGGAUAUGAAGAUCCCAUAUUGAAGCAACUGAAUAUAGGAGACUCGAUGACUGGUAUAUUUUAUCCGUACAAUGGAACAGGAGAUGGACACUAUAAUGUGUUCACUGGUAAAGAUGACAUUAACAAAGUUGGCAUCAUUGACCGCUGGAGAAAUGAGAAGAAACUUCCUUUCUGGAAUGACAGUUAUUGUGAUAUGAUCAAUGGCACAGAUGGAAGCUCAUUUCCACCAUUUCUUCAUAAUGAAAAGAAAAUAUAUUUUUUCUCCUCUGACAUUUGCAGAUCCAUCUAUGCCGAAUACGAACAAAAGAAAUCACUAAAGGGCAUUCCUGUCCAUCGGUUUGUUAUCCCCCCUAAGGCUCUUGCAUCCUUUGUUGGGAAUCCUGACAAUCACUGCUAUUGCAAAGACAUGACGAUAUCAAAAAACUGCACUUUUUCAGGAAUCUUGGGAAUUAGCUCCUGCAAAGGGGGAAAACCAAUUUAUAUCUCACUCCCUCACUUCCUGUACGCUAGUGAUGAACUUGUUAACUCAAUUGAUGGAAUGAGACCCAACAAGGAGGAGCAUGAAACCUUGCUUGAUGUGGAACCUUUUACUGGAUUUUCAUUAAGAGUUGCUAAGCGUAUACAAAUCAACUUAAUGUUUAAACCUUCAAAGAAAAUUAAAAUAUUACAGAACAUUAAGGAGCCAACAUUUUUUCCACUGGUCUGGCUUACUGAGACGGCCACUAUUGAUGAUGAAACUGCAGAGAGAUUCAGGGCAUCUUUAAUAAAGCCUAUGAGAGCACUUGGAAUUGUUCAGAUAACCCUGAUAUGCACUGGAAGUCUGCUUUUUGUUUCAUUUUCAAUUGCUCUUUGUAUGACUUCGAGGACCAAAUAAGUAUCUAUGAGGAAGUUCAGAGUACGAUAUUUUACCGUGCUUCAAACAUUGAACAAGAUGAACUGUUAUGUCUCUGUUUUGAUUCUUUGCAGAGCAGCAUACAUACUGAAAACUUAGCAGAUUUUAAUCUUUGAUAAUUUUUGUGGUAAUUGUCUAAAACGAAAAUGUGCAUAGAAUUGCAAAAAAAAAAAUUCAAGGAGAGCUCUUGAAUUAGUGGCAAAAGAACAGAGACUUGAUGUAAAAUGUAUUGGCCAGCCUGAGUCGAAGCUUUGUCAACUUGCAAUAAAAGCAUCUCAUCACCAACAAGUUCAGUGCAUCUGUGGAACAACGCAUGCCAUGAACCAUGCAAAUGCAUUCGAAUUUUGGCGGCGUGCUUGGAUGCAGCGGUUGCUCUGGGUCCAACCAAAGGCAUACUUGUUCGUCUUUUACAUCUUUUAUGCAACUGUAAGACACAACUGCAUAGUGAGAACAUCAAAUCCUGCAGACCUACCCCAUCAGCGAGUAGCUUGAUAUCUGAGGAGCUGGACUUAGUGUGGAACGUGUUGCCGCCUGCUACUGUAAGGCAUCAGAAUCGAUGUGCGAAGGUGGUGUGCUGUCUGACAAACAGAGUGAAAAAUUGUCUUGGACCUAUUUCUUGUGAUCAUAAGACCCCGUUGGACAUUGGUAGUGUAAGAUACUGCAAGUCCAGUUCGCUGGUUCAUCCGCGAGGCAGAUGGCGGAGGGAGCUGCACGGCCUCAGAUGUAGCACGAUGGGACUGGCCCUCCCGCCACGGGGUCACCUGUUGCCCAGGGGAGGAGAUGCCAGAGGCAGUGUGGUGUGGUGUCCAUGUUGGGUUGGGAGCAGGCUCCUGUUGUCAGUGCUGCCCCCCAGUGUUUGCCUGGUAGAAGACAAGCUAGACUGUCUUCAUCUGCAGCUGCACUGACUAAUGAUCGGACUCCUGAAAGCUUGUUCUUGCCGACAACAUCUCAUGCACCAUCAAUCUGCAGGACAUGACACUCAGGGACUUAGGGUAUAUUGAUAUUAUGUUUGUGUGACUGUAUACUUGCUGCUAUCAUAAUUAUAUGUAAUACUUUGUGCUCUGUAUGACUGUUGGUACUGUGUUUUGCACUUUUAGCCCUGAAGGAGCACAUUUGCUUUUGGCUGUGUUUGUGGGCAUUCAUGUAUAGUAGAAAGACAAUUAAACUUGAACUUGAGGCUUCAAUAUGAAAAUAAACUUCCUGAAAAGGAAGCAAAUUUUUGUGAUGAACUAUUCUAAAAGUUGCUUUUGAUCUUUCUCCUAAUAUUUUUCAGUUGUAGACGCAGCAAUAGGAUUUUUUUUCCAUGAGAUAGAAAACUGGAUGAAUUAGAUGAUCCAUUCCUUAUGCUUUGAGGUUACCAUUUCCAAAUAAAUGUAAUAUAUUAACCCCAAAGACUACAAUGAAUCCUUGUUAUAUUCCUGAAUAGAUCAAACAACGUUAAAUAUCGCACUGGCCAUUUAGGUAAAAGUAAUUGUUAAAUUGAUUUACAUUUAUGAACAUGAUAUAUUAAAAUUAUGAAUAUUCCUGUUGCCAUGGGGAUAACUUCUUUUAGUAUAAAACAAUCAGCCAUCUUGAUUGAUCACCCUAAGUUUUCUCAAGACCAGCUUGAUUUAACGUCACUUUUUAUUCCUAAGGGCGACUUAAAUAGAAGAAGAACAAAUUCAGUUUGAAAUAAGGAAUAAGUGGGUCGUGUAAAUCAAUGCAACUGCUACAUUUCUCUCAGAAAAAUGUAAAUGACAUUAUAUUGACCUUCAAUGAUAGUUUAAAAGAAUCCCAGUCAGGUCAAAUCUCAUUAUUCUUAAGAAUCAAAGAU